AUGGGUAUUACCAAAGACGACGUUCCGUUGAACUUUCCAGGACCAUAUGACUUCCUGUUCGAAAAGGUCUUGGGCGAUAACGAGAAGUUUGAUCUCGUCUUCUGCGAUGGUCAAGUCCUGCGCACUCACCCCCGUGCGGAAUGGCGAGAGCCCCGGGAAGCUACUCGCCUAACUCUUACACAGAUUGCUCUGGGUCUCGAACAUUUGAAGAACGACGGUACAAUGGUGAUUCUGAUGCACAAGCUCGACAGUUGGCGAAGCUUCGACUUGAUCCACCAGUUCAGCAAAAUGUCAACGGUUCAACUGUACAAGCACCACAAGCACCACCAGAUCAGAUCUUCAUUUUAUCUUGUCGCAAAGAAUAUUCAGGCUGAAAGUGCCUUUGCGAAGGACAUGGUUGCGAUGUGGAAGCAGAGAUACAAGAUUGCGACAUUUGGUACUGAUGAGAAGUAUGCUGAGAUGCAUCGAGUCACUAGAGAGACUGCGCUGGUAGGGCUUGAGGAGUUUGGGGAGAAGUAUGUUGCAAUGGGGAAGAAGAUUUGGAAGACUCAGGCUGAUGGGUUGGAGAAAGCGCCCUUCUUGGAGCAACACACGAAGGAGAAGAGCAAGCGCUGGACAUGGAAAAUGAGGCGACGAUGA